AUGGCCCCAAACAAGGUUCUCUAUGCCUUCGCCUUUCUACUUCUAGCCCUCUCUCUAGAACUCCAGUCCACUCAAGCUAGGCAGUUGAAGCUAACCAUGCAAAAGCAAAAGUCGUUCCCAAACAAGCUGCCAAAUGUGCACAAACUCCUAGAAAAGGAACCAAGGAAAACCAUAGCCGAGCAGAGCAAAAACUUGCAUAGUGAAAUUUUAAACAAAGCCACGAACACUGCUGUGUCUACGACUCCAGCGCCGCCGCCAUCAAGUACCAUUGUGGCGGCAACAACAGCGCUGCCAUCUCCCGGCCGAAGCUUAGAUGACUUUAGGCCCACGGAACCUGGCCACAGCCCCGGGGUUGGCCAUUCGCUGCAGAACUAG